CGAUGAAGAAAGUACCAAGUGUAUACUUUGACGCGGAGGUGACGGUUGAAGGAUCGUUGGAGUUGGAAGGUCGCAAGGUGGAUGCUGGAAGCUGUAUACGAUGUAGCAAACUGGCAAGAUAUAAGCUUAUAAAGAGGUUGAACAAGGCACAAAAGAGAUUGCUUGAUUAAAAAAUGAGGAAUAUUUAUGAGGAUGUGAAUCGUUCCAACGUAUUCAUUCUAUUUUCAAAUGUUCUGUCGAUUGGUGUAAAACUUGUCAUGGAAAGCACAUUACACAACGAAGACGAAAAGCCGAUAAAAGAUAUACGACCCGCACAAAGCACAGCUGGUCACGGCGCUCGUUCUCUCUCUCUCUCUCUCUCUCUCUCUUCGCGAAAUUCCAGCCUCUCUCCCGGUGAUGCUGUAGAGGAAGAGGAAGCGCGUGGGAGAGUUUUAUCGAAAUAAACAAAACCUACGCGGAAACGUAAACUUCUGGCUUCAGGUGUAUUAUGCAGUUAACCUUGGAACAUCGAGUCUAGAUCUCUUUCUGUUUCUCUUUCUCUCUCUCUCUCUCUCUCUCUCUCUCGAGAAUCAUGGCAUUUUUUCAAUUAGUCUUGAAGGCCAAGAAGCUGAAAAAGGCGAAACGAAGAUACCACGAGGAGAAGCUACGCUCCAUUGAGAUAUCCAAAGGCGCUCGGGUUCACUACGCUCUCUGGCAGCGUAUUCGCCGUAAAAAGAUAUUACUGAAGAAGAAGCUGAGGGAAUUCCUAACCAGAUGCACGUCGUGUCCGGAGAACACAUGGCUGCACAAAAAGGCCGUCCUCCUGAGAACCGAAGGGACCUUGGAGAACUACGUGCUGAAGAGCGUCUUCGGCUUCGUCGGAGGGAUCAUCCUCACCUACAUGUUCUUCGUCUUCUUCGUCUUUCAGCUUCACUUCGCCUUGAUUUCCGCCACUCUGAUCUGCUGCGUCCUAGGAGUCGUUCUCACGCUUGGCUUGGCCUUCUCCCCCAGAAUCAGAUGCUACGUUUUGCUGUUCCUGCCGCAGUUCUUCUCGAAACGAGGCAGACAGGCGCUCAUGGCGUACGCGUUCAUUCUGGCGCUCGGUGGACCUGUCAAGAACAGUCUUUACAACCUCGCGGUUCUCUCCGAGUCACUGGCUUGCGGUCAAGAGCAGCUCAAGGAAGCAGUGAAAUCGGUCAUCGACCUAAUAAAGCAACCGUUCUACGCCCUGAGGGACUCGCUCUCGAGCAUAGUCAAGUCCAUCAAGGCUAUCGUCAAGCGCAUCAAGCAGACGCUGAUCGCCAUCAAGAGAUUAGUCAUUAGCAUACUGCAAGUGAUCAAAUCGGUCUUCGACUGGCUGGGCAGCGUGGUUAGCAUCUGCAAUCGCGAUCUCGGCACGCCUUACGAUCGCUGCAACAAGGUCUUCGAGGAUGCGGUGGACGACUGCCAGGAGAAGCUCGGCCCCGUCUUCGGCGAAGUCUGCCACCUCACCUACGUCGCUCAGACCGUCUGCUUGGCCCUGAAGCCGCUGGACCUUAUCUGCGUACUCGUCUCCUACGUUUCCGAUGCUAUAGUUGGAGUCGUCAGGGAUAGAGUGAAGAAGUUCUCCCGCGAGAUGAAGGCCAUGUUCUACGUGAAGAUCAAGUUCUCGCACUCGUUCCACAUGGAGACGAACAAGAGCCAAAGCAUCUCGGAGAUAUCCUCGAAGAUAUCGUCGGAGAUCAGGAGGAAGACCAAUCGCUUCUUGUCCUUCUUCGAUUGGGUGGGCUUCGUCACGAGCUUUCUCUUCAUCCUCCUGUUCCUCAGGGUCGUCUACUAUCGGUACAAGUGGCUGACGAGCGAUCGCUUCGACAACCACUACAUCUCCGGCUACAUGCGGGAGAUCGAUUUGAAACGCGCCAGGCAGGACAAAGAGACGAUCUUCCCGCUGAAUCAGCGAGAGAGGAGCAAGUAUGCCCCCGUCUCGUCGGUACUGCUCAUCAGGUCGGAGAAAGUCAAGCUUACCAAGUCCGCCGUUUUUCUGUCCAUCACCUCGGUCAAGCUCGCCAUUUACAUGGCCAUCGAUUAUUGCCUCUUCUGGUUGUUGGAUAAGAUAAGAUAUCACGGACGAAUCGAAAAGAAGGUCCCGCGUCCGAGUUACUCCGACGCGGUGCAAGUCGAGGGCACAGGAUUCUUAGCGGACAUCUACCGCAGUAUCAUCCGAGCCUUCACCCCCGACACCCGCAUGACGGAGAUCGAGUCCGUGCCUUGUCUUCCAGAGCCAAAGCCACCGAACUAUGACACCUUCGUGCAGAUCCUCAGCCUCGUCCUAUUCUGCUGGCUCAUGGCUCUCUUCGAGCCUUACGGACUGAGACUCCGACAAAUAGUCCUGAGCAGUUAUUACCCGGACAGGGCGAAGCAACGGGCAGUUUGGCUGUACAAUCACAUCAUCAGGUCUCGUGGUUCCUUCCUUAAAUACGCUCGACGACAGCUUCGUCGUCAGUUCGGCACAGCUCGAGGUGACGGCAUCGAGCGGGUUACGCUGCGCGAACGUCUGUGGGCUCUAUGUCCGCUGCUGAAUCGUCUCUGGCCGUUAAAGCUGGGCACCGCUUGUCUGCUAUGUGGACAGCCCGAAAGAGACAAGUCGGCGCCACACGUCCGGUGUCCUACUCCGGGAUGUCCUGGAGUCUAUUGUCCUCAGUGCUUUCAAGAUCUGAAGAAGCUAUGCACUUUGUGCCUGUCGCCGCUGGAUUACGGCGACCUUACCGAUAUGAGCGAAGAGAGAGAUUCGUCGGACGAGCAAGUUGACGUCGAUCGUUUGAGAAAAAUCGCUCAAGAGGCUGCUGCGAAAAAGGAGAAGACUGACGAAGCUACUGCGGAUUCUGAAGAAACGAAGCUGAUUGUUUCGCCUAAAGCUUCUUCAGACGACGAAUCAUCGUCAUCAAAGUACAGCUAUAUAACCUACAUUCGAUCAGGUUACCAGGACGAGCCGCCCAAGGAUACGACCAUUCCUCAGAAAGUCACUUUCAAGGAUGUCGAAGCUCAAGAAAUCCGGGAUGACGUCACUAUGCAGAUUUUCGACGAUGCCUCGUGCGACGAGCUACUUUCAUCGAGCAGUGAAGGUCGGAUUUUCUGUUUCGGCCUUUUCAAACAGAAGAAAUCUUCGCACGCAUAUGAAAAAGUUCGCGAACAAUCCGACGUUUCAUCGUCGAUCGAAGAUACUGAAUCGUGGCUAUCCGAAGAAAUUGUCGAUGAAGAGGAACAAUUAUUAGACGUGGAAAUCGAGAAUAUCAUCGAUCGUCCAAGUGAUUCGGAGGAUAUUUGCGAGGAGAAUACAAAACGAAAAAGAUCGAGAUUCAAAUGGUUGUCCAAGACUUUAAACAAGAUAUUCGCUUCUAAAAAGAAGAAGGAAAAGCGCGGCAUAGUAAAUUACAAAGAUUCGAUUCAAACAGGCCAUGGCAGCGAAGAGUCUUGCUCCUCGAUUUCUUCAGACGACGGCGAAAAUCGUCAGCUGCUAGUUUUACGCAGGCUCGAAGACUAUGCAGAAAUCGGAGAAUCUAUGUUGAGGCAGAGGAGUAACAAGAGUUCAACGCAGUAUUCUUGUAUGACAAAGUUCGAAACGAGAAAGGUGCCAAGAUACUUGAAAUCCAUCUGCAACGAAACGAGAUACUUUGAAAUCGACGAGAGCAGUCAAUACAAUUCUCCCAGAGAAAGUAUUCGAUUUCAAGCAGAUUUUAGUCCAUCGACAGAUACAAGAUCUACGGUGGACAGCGAUCCGUCUCACGAGAGACCAAGUUCCAACACUGAGGACAAUGACUCUUACAUCUACACCUCUGAUAAUCACAGCGACAAGCGAUAUCAAUCACAAACUGAAACAUCAAACUCCUCUAUACCGGAUGAAAUUGAUUUUUCAGAUAUUUCAACUGAUUACUCAGAGAGAAGAAACGAGCUACUCGUGAACAAUGAUAAAGCUAUCGAUAAAGAAGACUUAACGGAAGAAGAUAAAAUAAACGAGGACAGUGAUGAAAAGGGACAGUCCCAUAAAACGCAAGCCAAGUAUAAGCGAAAACAGGUUUACGAUUCUCGCACUGUAGGUCUGAAAUUGCACGGCAUGGCCGAGAAAGCCGAAAGCAAAAGAAUAUCUGACGAUAAAUACAUGAAAAAGUUUGACGAGUUGAAAAAAGACAAAGUAGACAAAGAAACUGCGAAUACGAAGAAGAAAAAUUCCUUGAUCCAGAAAAAGUCAAGUGCCAUUGAUAAUAACAAAGCUAAUACAAAAAUUGAUAAAUCCACGGAUAUGCCAGAGUUGAAUACGAACUUCAAAACAAACUUCACGGAAAGACGCGUAGGCGGAUCAGAUCAUUGCAGAUGUGUUGAACAAAGGAUGAUACAAGAAAGGGAGUAUCCUCAAAAACUUGUUCGUGGUUUCCAGCCAAUCAUUUUCGAAAGAAGUGAACAUUCGGAAACUCGUUUCAAUCCAGGAAAAUGUUAUGAUGCUCGUAAAGUAGAUUUCUCUGAAAAUAGUAAGGGAACCAGAGAUAAAGGGACUUAUGUCAGACUUAAAACUAAAGAGACUGUUACAGAAAGAAAAAAUACUACCAGUACAGAAGAUUGAUUACUGCAUGUGAAGCAUUUUACUCUAUUAUACAGUAUUGUAUCACCUAAGAAUAUUUGUUAACUAGUAUCGUAGUACUGCUUGUAAAUUACGAUUGCAGUUGUAAAAGAGUUGAGUGUGAAACUUUUUCCAAGAAAGAGAUAAAUUUAGAUAAAAAAAAAA